AUGAAGAAAAAUUCGCACGUAUUUAUUUUUAUAAUAUAUGUAAUAUUUUAUUGUAAGAGUGUUGUAGAAGGUAGAGUUGAUUCUACGAAUAAUGGGGAUGACGUAUCAAACAGAAUCAAUAGCAAUAAUAAGGAUGCUAAUAAUGGUGGUGAUAUGUCUCUGAACAAUGAUGGUAACAACAAUGAUAAUAAUAAUAAUGAUAAUAAUAAUAGUGAUAACUCAGAAAACAAUGUCAGAAAAAAUGUAAACACAACUGGUAAUAACAAGGACCAAAAUGCUAAUUCUGACCAUUCAAAGAACACAAAGAACGUAGUUGAAUUAGGAAAUAAACAUAAUGAUGAUAAUGAAGAAAAUAUUACCAAAAAAAAAGAAGAAGCAUUGAAAAAGGUUAUUAAAAUUGUUGAUGAAUUGGAAAGUGUUCAAUUAUUACUAGAUGGUGAUUAUAGUGUUUUAGAUAAGUAUAAUAUAAAAUUAUUUGAUGAAGAAGACGGAGAAACAAACAAAAAAAAAGUCAUUGGAGAAUAUGACCUUAAGAUGUUAAAGAAGAUUUUAUUAUUUAGAGAAAAAAUAUCAAGAACUUGUGAAAAUAAUUAUAAAAAUGCAGAAGAAAUACUUAAGAACUGUUUUAAUAAAGAUGACCCCCAAUUAAAGAAAUCAUAUGAUAAGAUUAAAAAAGGAUUAACCAAAAAAAUUUUGGGUAUGGAAGAUUUUUUACUAGAAUUAUUAGAAAAUUUGUUUAAUAAGAUUAAUGAUAAUUUUAUAAAUAGUGAUUCAUUUGACUUAAAUGAUUACAUAUCUGAUUUUGAACUUAUCAAUUAUAUAUUAAAAAAUGAGCCUUCCGAGUUUUACUAUGAUAUAACACAUGUAAUAGAAGCAUUAAAUUUAAAAUUAGAAUCCAGUGCACUUGAAAAAGUUGUUAACUCUGUUCACUCAGGAAUGAAUAUCAAUAACAAAAUUAAGGAUGAUUUAGUUAAUAUUCUUAAAAAAUCGUCAGCAAAAUUUUUUAAAAUAGGUAUUGAUAAAAAAGCAAAAAUGUUAAUACCAGUACAGGCACAACACAAAGGAACAUCCGUAAAACAAUUUGCACUUCAGUUCUUAGAUAAAAAUAAAGUUUGUGAACAUAAAAAAUGCCCUUUGAAUUCAAAUUGUUACGUAAUAAAUGGUGAAGAAACUUGUAGAUGCCUUCCAGGAUAUAGUGAUGUUAAACUAGAUAAUGAAAUGAACUGUGUAAGAGAUGAUACUAUGGAUUGUAAUAAUAACAAUGGUGGAUGUGAUAUUAAUGCAACAUGUUCAUUUUUAGACAAAAAAAUUGUAUGCGAAUGUAAAGAAAACUUCGAAGGAGAUGGAAUAUACUGUUCAAACACCGUUUUUAAUUCAAUCAACAACUUUAUUUUCUUUAUAUUAGUUAUCAUGUAUAUAUACUUAUUUUAG